UCACUUUUAUCUCACCCUUUCUUUCACACCAUCCUCAAUCCGGUUUCGUACCUAAGAACCUCUACCAUUUUAGAUGUCAAUUUUCCAGCCUCUCUCUCACAAAACAAAAAUGGAUCACAAAAACUCUCCAAUCAUCACACCAAUUCACUCACCAAACCAUCUUCUAUUCGCCAUUGUCUUGCUUCUGUUAUUCCAUUAUGCAACUCCAUUAACCUACAAUUUCUCCAGCUUUCCCAACAGCACUAUCAACAGUUCGAUAUCUCUGGAGGGAGAUGCUUAUACUGACGGCCAAUUCAUCCAACUCGCCAAAAUCCAUGAAACAGCCGCACUUAGGAGGAACGGGAGCGUCGGUCGAGUAACUUACCGCGAACCCUUCCUCCUCCGUGAAAACGCCACUGGAAAACUUGCCGAUUUCACCACACAUUUCACCUUUGAAAUGGACCCGCUAAACAAUACCUAUGCCGACGGGCUCGCCUUCUUCGUGGCGCCAAACGGUUCCUUGCUCAACCGCACACUAGGAAGAGGCGGCAGCCUCGGCCUUCCCGUGGAGCACCUGAACUUAACUCUGUCCAGGAGUCAGUAUCCCUUUGUUGCGGUGGAGUUUGAUAUCUACUGGAAUCGGAUGCCAAGCAUCGAUGACCCGUACGGCGAUCACGUGGGAAUCAACAUCAACUCUCUCAAGUCUUAUAUCACCAAGCCUUGGAAUGGAAGUCUUUUGGAUGGGAAGCAAAAUGGUGCUUGGAUUAGUUAUAAUUCCGGCUCAAAAAAUCUUAGUGUUGCUUUCACUAGUUAUGUAAAUGGUAGCCAGUUGACGACUUAUCUUGAUUACGUAGUUGAUCUGGAACAAUACCUACCGGAUUGGGUCAUUGUUGGGUUCUCCGCUGCCUCCGGUGCUCGGACUACUCAAUUCAUGAUCAAAUCAUGGAGUUUCAAUUCUACACUAGUUCCUCCGCCAAGAUCCAGCUCAGGAAGUAACAAUAUAGCACUGGCUGUUGGGUUGGGCAUCGGUGGAUUUAUUGCGUUUGUUUUAGGAUUAAGUUUUGUUUGGUGUCUCUUGCGGAAGAAAAAGGCACGAGGAAAAACUAAUACCAAUGAAGACCCUGCAAUUCAUGAGUUGAUUGAUGGCGAAUUUGGAAAAGGGACCGGCCCGAGGAUGUUUUCAUACAAAGAGUUGGCUUUUGCGACAAGUAAUUUUGCAGGGGUAGAAAAGCUUGGAGAGGGAGGAUUUGGUGGGGUUUAUCGAGGAUAUAUAAAAGACUUGAAGUCAUAUGUUGCUGUUAAGAAGAUAUCAAGCAAAUCUAAACAAGGGUUGAAGGAGUUUGCAUCUGAAGUAAGGAUCAUUAGUCAACUUAGGCAUCGAAAUCUUGUGCAACUCAUUGGUUGGUGCCACAAAAAGAAACUCCUACUCGUGUAUGAGUUUAUGCCCAAUGGCAGCCUCGAUUCUCAUCUUUUCACUGAAAAAUGCUUAUUACUUUGGGGGUUAAGAUACAAAAUUGCUCAAGGCUUGGCCUCUGGGUUGCUCUAUCUACACCAAGAGUGGGAGCAAUGCGUGCUACACAGGGAUAUCAAAUCUAGCAAUGUUAUGUUGGAUUCAAAUUUCAACGCUAAACUUGGCGAUUUUGGGCUAGCUCGACUUGUUGAUCAUGGAAAACAAUCACAAACAACAAUAGUGGCUGGAACAAGGGGCUACAUGGCUUUGGAAUAUGUUAUCACAGGAAAGGCUAGCAAGGAAUCAGAUGUCUACAGCUUCGGAAUUGUUGCUUUGGAAAUAGCAUGCGGGAGAAAACCCAUCGAUCUCAGUUUAGAGAGUAGCCAAGUUGAAAUGGUGGAAUGGGUUUGGGAGCUUUACGGAGAAGGGAAAGUCAUUGAAGCAGCAGACCCGAAACUGCACGGAGAUUUUGAUGAAAAAGAGAUGGAGUGUUUGUUGAUUGUCGGGUUGUGGUGUGCUCAUCCGGACUAUCACUUUAGGCCUUCCAUACAACAAGCGAUUCAAGUGCUUAACUUCGAAGUUCCGUUGCCCAUUCUCCCAUCAAACAUGCCCGUAGCCACAUAUUUAGCUCCUCCAGUAGUUCUGUAUGGUGAUACUAGUACUACUACUAGCUAUGAAAAAGGGCAAACUUCUCAUCAGUCAUCUGGCAGUGCGUUUUCUUAUAGAACUGGUUCAUGAUAGCACAUCGUAUCUUCUGCAAAUUCUUAUCAAUUUGGUUAGUGAAAUAUGGUUUCAUAUAUCUGUUCACUAUUCUUUUUA